GUGCGUGCCUGUUGCCAUGGGCACCCAGAGCGAGAGCCAAUCGCAAGCGUUCGCUGUGUCCUUAUUAAUAUUAAUAAGACGCAGCGGCGUGACCGGAGAUACUCCACUGCGCAUGCCCAGCCCCGUGCCACUGCUGCUUCCAACAACAAGCGGUAGUAAGCAAUAUGGCCGACCUAGGGAAGAAGUACUGCGUGAACUGCUUGGCAGAUGUUACGAAUUUGCGGAUUCGCUGUGCCGAAUGCCAGGAUAUUGAACUUUGUCCGGAGUGCUUCUCCGCAGGUGCCGAAAUCGGUAACCACAGGCGAUGGCAUGGCUAUCAGCAAGUUGACGGCGGGCGCUUCUCGCUCUGGGGUCCCGAUGCAGAGGGAGGAUGGACUAGCAGGGAAGAGCAGUCGCUGCUCGAUGCUAUCGAGCAAUAUGGAUUUGGUAACUGGGAGGAUAUGGCCGCCCAUGUGGGUGCAUCACGCACCCCUCAGGAGGUCAUGGACCAUUAUGUGAGCAUGUAUAUCCAUGGGAAUCUGGGUAAAGCCUGCAUCCCUGACAGCAUCCCCAACCGCGUGACAGACCACACUUGUCCCAGCGGAGGUCCGCUGUCUCCUAGUUUGACUACCCCGUUGCCCCCAUUAGACAUAUCUGUGGCAGAGCAGCAGCAGCUGGGAUAUAUGCCGCUUCGUGACGACUACGAGAUCGAAUAUGACCAAGAGGCAGAGAAACUCAUCAGUGGCCUGUCUGUAAACUACGAUGAUGAAGAUAUCGAGAUCGAGAUGAAACGAGCCCAUGUGGACAUGUACGUGCGUAAGCUGCGUGAGCGCCAGCGACGCAAAAACAUCGCUCGUGAUUACAAUUUAGUGCCAGCCUUUCUGGGACGGGACAAAAAGGAUAAAGAGCGAGAACGACCAGGUACCAUCGCAAGUACGUUUUUAUAA